AUGUCCGCGGACGCACGCAGUCAGCGAGCUGAGCGGACGGUAUCACUCGAUACCCAGAGGCACAACGAUGGCUUCGAGACAUGGGAUACCUCCGAGGUGCAGCUAACGCCUGACGACGAAGACGGGUCGCCUGUGAUCACGAAGCGUACAAGACCGCUCGAAACGAUACCAGGCAGCAGGCCCGUUUCUCCGGCGAAGCCACUCGACGGCCCUUUUCCGGAGGAGGCACUCAAGAUGGAGCAGACGCUUCCCGACUCGCCUAUGCAGCCACUGGAAUCUGCUCUGCCUCUUCAUGAACUCUCACCGAGUCGUCGGUCUAGUACGACACGGUCACACAUACACCCCCUUUUCCGGCCAGAGUCGCCGCUGCCGCCGCCUCUGCCUUCACCAGGUACUGUUAUAACAGCAUCGCCACUUGCGGGACAGAUUGUAAGCCAGGAGCAGGCAUUGAAUGGGAGAUUGCUCAAUGGAGCGCAAGGUCAGAGGCUAGAGAGCGGGCAUGCAACGCCACAGUCACCGACACGUAGUCGGGCUCAAAGUCGUAACGGCAGCAUACAGAGCGUGAACGUGGAGUCAGCUUGUCCACAGGAAGGCCUGCCAAGUUCGCCGCUUUGCAGAGAACACGGUUACGGUGACGCUGUAUAG